UGCCGAUGUUACGAUAAUUAAUGAGAGAUACAGCUUUCAAAUUUUCUUCAACGGUAAACGUUUUACGACAUUUGCGCAUCGUGGCUCACCAGAUGAUGUCAGAACGUUGGAGAUUGAUGGUGAAUGUGAAGUAUUUUCUGUCACAGUUAAUAAUGCAGUUGGUGUAUAA